AGCAGUUGGGGAUGCUCUCUCGAUUGCCAAAACGCCCAUAACGUUUAGCAUCACAUUUAGUAGUCUUUAGGUAGCUCAGCGGCACGUCGUCCUUCGACUGAUAUCACAGAACUCGUAGUUAGCGACGGACUGAACAAAAAUCAGCGGAUACAGCGACGGGUGAACGCGCGGAAUAAUGAACGAAUGAAGCAAGAACAAUGGCCAACCUGACAUUUCCAAAACACAGCAGCUAACACAGGCUGAGGCAGCCAGUGAGGGAGGGACAGAGGGAGGAGAAGGGAAAGGGGCUGAGGUAGAAGACAGCUGUCUGAUAAAGAUACGGAUUAAAUAAAAACAAAUAGUCACUUAAACGGUGAAUAGAGUCAACGGUAUAGCCAUAUAACAUAUAGCGACGUCUAGAAGAGGGUCGCGCAAAUGUAGGAAGAGUAAAUAAAUAAAUAAAUAAAUAAAUAAGAGCGCGUGAGCGUCAUCCGCAGUGUGUAGCAUCUACAUCUACUUGCACCACCUGAAUACAACGACCGACACUGACUGCUGGGAAAUAAAGAAACGGGUGGAAAACACGAGCAGUCAGCGGAGAGGAAGGGCGACGGGGGAAAUCAACGAGACUGUCAACGUCCUUGUGAUACAGAAGUAACUGAACAGCGGUUUCUUGUAGUAUUUGAGGCAAGGAGGUAGAAGGGGGUAUCAGUGCUGCAGCGGCUGCCGUGAUGCUCAACACAUGUAGGCACGUUUGAAGCAGUUCAUCCCCGCCCUGUGUGGAUCUGACCGAACCGAACCGACUGUACGGUAACGGAUUUUAGUAGGGGGCGCCGGAAGGCUCUGAAAAGGACUUAAGGCGCAGAACUGGUGACUGGUAAUAUGACGAUAACCUUUAAUUAAUAAGUGAUGCAUUUGUACCUGUGUGGAGGAGAUAAAUAACAGGAUUUUAAUUGCUCGUUUGUUUUUCUAACGUGGAUUGAUUGGCCCAUGAUCACUGUAUAGAAUGCUUAUUACGCCCGAGUUUUAAUACGGUACCGAUUUAUGCCUCUAGCCUAUAAAUAUUUAAAUAAAGACCACAUUUAGGCCUAUUACUUUCUGAUGACGACAGUACGGCAGAGAUGUCUUUAUUGUAGAAAUGUAUGUUCACAUCAAUAUCUCUCCAUGAAGAUAUAGACAGUUACAUCCACCCUUGUGCUUAUUUCCGAGUCUAAUCUCGUUUUUUUAAUGUAACACGGGCGAGAGACGCGUCAAAUUGAACACCCAUAGGUUUUACUCCACCAUCCCUCUGUCUACAUUUUUGACCAGGUUAGAUAACUUCUGUCUUUAGUCGAUCCCUGCUUGUUGAUUUUACUUUUUAAAUCCAAGAAAAAAAAUUGUCUAAAUAGCAAGGCUUAGGAGCCUGCUCUCGCCGUUGGCUUCCUUCCUCGAACAACCUUCUGCCGAGCACCACCUUUGCAGGGAUGGAGACCCCUACGAAGCUACCUCCGUCGAGCCCAUCAUCGCCGACCACGGGCUUCUCUGUACCGAGCGCGGAGAAGGUAGACGGCUUCCCCCGCCGCUCGAUGCGCCGUGCCCGGCAGCGACGGUCCCACAGCUCCUCACAGUUCCGCUAUCAGAGCUCCCAGGUGGAGCUCACGCCGCUGCCCUUACUUAAAGAUGCUCCCGUGGCAGAACUUCAUGACUUGUUCUGUAAGAAGCUGCAGCAGUGUUGUGUGCUUUUUGACUUUCUGGACUGUGUGGCCGACCUGAAGGGGAAAGAGAUCAAACGUGCUGCGCUGAACGAGCUUGUGGAGAGCGUGGCCACCAGUCGCGGAGUCCUCAUCGAACCCCUGUACCCAGAGGCAAUUAAGAUGAUCUCAGUGAACAUUUUUCGAACUCUCCCACCCAGUGAGAACCCUGAGUUUGAUCCGGAAGAAGACGAACCUGCUCUGGAAGCCUCCUGGCCUCACUUACAGUUGGUGUAUGAAUUCUUUUUACGCUUUCUUGAGAGUCCAGAUUUCCAGCCUUCUCUUGCCAAGCGCUACGUGGACCAGAAGUUUGUUCUACAGCUGCUGGAGUUAUUUGACAGCGAGGACCCCAGAGAGAGAGAAUAUCUGAAGACUAUCCUGCACCGUGUCUAUGGCAAACUUCUGGGCUUGAGGGCCUACAUCCGCAAACAGAUCAACAACAUCUUCCUCAGGUUCAUCUAUGAAACUGAGCGUUUCAAUGGAGUUGCUGAACUUCUGGAAAUUUUGGGAAGUAUCAUAAAUGGCUUUGCUCUGCCUCUCAAAUCAGAGCACAAGCAGUUCCUGGUGAGGGUCCUGAUCCCCCUGCACACUGCCAAGUCUCUCUCCAUUUUUCAUGCACAGCUGGCUUACUGUGUGGUGCAAUUCAUGGAGAAGGAUGCCACAGUUACAGAACAUAUCAUCAGGGGGCUGCUGAGAUACUGGCCCAAAACAUGCACUCAGAAAGAGGUGAUGUUCCUGGGGGAGAUCGAGGAGAUUCUGGAUGUGAUUGAACCGUCUCAGUUUAUCCGUGUGCAGGAGCCUCUAUUCAAACAGAUUGCUGCAUGUAUCUCCAGCCCUCAUUUCCAGGUUGCAGAGCGGGCUCUGUAUUUCUGGAAUAAUGAGUACAUUCUGAGUCUAAUAGAGGAGAACUGCCAGGUCAUCCUGCCUCUGGUCUUUGGCACGCUGUACAGAGUUUCCAAAGAGCACUGGAACCAGACGAUCAUCUCUCUUAUUUACAAUGUGCUGAAGACGUUCAUGGAGAUGAACAGCAAGCUCUUUGAUGAUCUUACUGCCUCCUACAAAGUGGAGAAACAGAAAGAGCUGAAGAAGGAGAGGGAGCGAGUCGAGCUGUGGAGAAAUUUGGAGGAUCUGCAGGAGAGGCGGCUGCAGAGUUUGACCGAGGCCAGCAGAAACCAGAAGAACCUGCACCUGAGAGAGAACACAACCAAGAGCCAGUCAGAGACCAGUGCUGCCAACACCACCUAGAAACCACACACACACACACACACACA